AUGCAGCCCAACACAUCAGAUCUUCCUAAACCUACUUCCUUUCACCAGAUAUUCACAUACCGGUCCCAGGAUCAACCCAACCACCCUUGGUUCUAUUAUCCUGAACCCGUAAAUGCUGAACAUUAUAGAGAGUUAACGUUCAAAGGAACCGAUGACUUGUUGAAUCAUUUGGCUGCUCAGUAUUCUGUGUUACUACCAAAGGCAGAUGAAAGUACCAUCAGUAAGACGACACCUAAUUCGGUUCCCAACCCUCCUGUGGUUGUGGCUACGCUAGGUUCUAACACUGUCCAGACGCUUUUGACUGGCCUUGCAGCGCAGCGAAUGCAUCAUGCUUAUAUGCAUAUCAGCCCGUUGAAUUCAGAUGCUGGCAUACUAUCGCUACUGGAGAGCAUGGAUGCCAAAGUCCUGAUAGCAGAUAGCGUGUUCUAUGCGCGAGCUGAAAGUUUGGCUGCACAGAUACAAGGCGUCCAUCUUGUUCGUAUGAUCGAAUUUGAUCCUGUUGAUGAACUGAAAAAGGAUCUCAAGCCAUUUGACUACGAUAAAACAAGAGAUGAAGGAGACGAUUGUUCCAUUAUCAUUCACACAUCAGGGACCAGUAGUUCUGCUCCAAAGCCUAUUUGGCACGCAAACAAAUCCUUCCUAGCCAUUCCACCAUUUGGUGUUCGUAAGGCUACAAUAACCACGGGGCUACUAUAUCAUGGAAUGGGAGGUGCUGUGGCCAUCUUUGCGGCUAACAUUGGUGCAUCCAUGGCGCUACCUUUGGCCAAAAAUCCUAACCAUAGGACUCUAUCCGAAGUCAUCAACAGCGUCAAAGCUCUCCCAAACGCUAACCGUCUCAUUAUUCAUCCCAUUCUUGCUGAAGCAAUUUUGGAAACAUAUGGCAAGAACAAUAGCCCUGAGUUAGAGUAUUUACGCAGACUAGAAGAGAUAGGCGUUGGAGGAGGCAAGCUCUCAAGUAACGUCGCAAAUGAGCUACGAGGUCUAGGCAUUAAUGUUAGGUCCGCUAUUGGAAGCACCGAAAUAGGGACAUAUCCGCUACGAAAUGAACCAACCAAGGAAAACUGGGAUGCGUUCGUUCCCACAAACGAUUAUCAUGUCAAAUGGGAGCAUAUUGAAGGAAAUCAUUAUGAACUUCUAGUUUACGAUGCUCCAGCUCUAGCUCUGAACCUCGGUAUUCCCAAAAACGGCAUAUUCCAUACGAACGAUGUGUUUGAAGAAUCUCCUCCAAAGUCUGGAAAAUGGGUCUAUGUUGGUCGACGAGAUCUGAUGUUGAUCCACUCUAUGGGUCUCAAUACUAAUCCUGUUCCUUGGGAAAAUGCUCUUCGGCCUCUCCAGGAAAUCGAAGAAUGUCAACUUGUCGGUCAUGGUCGCCGUGGACCCCUUCUUGUUGUCGAGUUGAACUGGAAUAAUGUGGAAGACGAAAGCAAGGCUCACGAUAGUAUCUGGAAAGCUGUAGAAGAAUAUAACAAAACUGUUAUGGCAUGGUCAAGAGUUCAGCAUCCAGAGGCGGUAGUUAUUCUUCCUAGAGGAUACCACCUUGAGCGAUGUGAUAAGGAAACUGUUAAGCGUGGUGUCAACGUCAAGAAAUUUGAACAGGAGAUAAAUCGAGGUUACCAGAACUGGGAUACAGCUGCUCCUCUUGCCAAGGCAUAA